AUGUACUUAUUUGUAAAAUUUUCACCCCCUCCAAACUUCCUCAGCUCCAUUCCUUCAAUUCCCUAUAAUAUUGCUGGCGGUAUUCCUCCUUUCUCAAUUGCAGCCACAACACCCACAAUUGGAGAGACUUCUACAGCUAAUAAUUCCUCUAAUAAUUCUUAUCUUCAACAACAACCCCCACUUUCAUCUUCUCGGGGAAUUUCUAAAUCGCCUGUACCAAAUAAAUUAUCGCCUCAACAAAAAUGUGGGGGAAGAGUUAGCCAGCCUGGUUUCGAUGGUUGUACUCCAGAUAAUUCAAAUAAUUCUCAAUGGUCACCAAUCUCUGAAAAUUCAUCUUGUCAGGCCAACAGAGACCAACAAGAUCCCAAAAUUAUUAGUGAACACAAAGUAGAAAUUUAUGAAGAAACGGACUAUAAUAAUCAACAAGCAUCCCCUCAAAGAAUUCUUCCCCGAACUUCAACUCCUUAUUCGCCCGAAGGUCGUCAGUUGGUUAUCGACGAUAACGCUGAGGACCAUGACAAUAAUAAUAAUAGUGAUGGGACUACCAACCAUCAAAUACAACACAAUUUUAGUGGAAAUUUUAAUAAUGGAGGGACGGAAUAGA